AUGAUCAAGAUCAAGGGUUCCAAAGAGUAUCGUCGCACCGUCUCUGAAGCCCUCCACGAUACUCUCUACAAAACCAGUGCUAACCAACUCCCAAGGCCACAUCGUCGACUCCUCCACAGCACCCGCACCCCAGACCGUGUACGUCACCGUGACCGUUCCUGCUCCCGCGGCGAUGGCAUACACCUUCACUGCCUGAAUCCCUCUACCCUGAGCCAGGCAUUCCAUUCACGUCCCUCUUUCCCGGUUCUACUCUUCAAAACUGCUCUUCUCACCACGGUCUCCGUGUGUUGGUAUAGGAAUUCCUACGCACCUGGUAAUGGGAACAGUGUUAGCAGCGUAUGGCGUCAAAAAGAAAAUUAG